AUGGCUUCCCCCAAUCUUCCCACACUUGUCCUUGUGCCGGGAGCUUUUGGCACUCCUGCGGGGUACGACAAGCUCUUGCCGUAUUUUGAACAGACCGGGUUGCCCACAGUCGCUGGGUCGUACCCAAGCUGUGAUCCUGACGAUCCCGCUUCAGCGACGGCUGUGAAAGACAUCACUGCCCUGCGAGAGAUUGUCCUACUUCCUCUCAUUGAACAACAGGGGAAAGAUAUUGUUAUUCUCGCGCACUCGUACGGAGGUGUCGUUGCGGGAGGCGCCGCAAAAGGUCUUGAUAAACCAACACGCACAAGCCAGGGCCACACCAACGGCGUUGUUGGUCUAAUCUAUGUGGCCGGGAACAUGACGUUGGAAGACGAGUCUCUACUUGAGGCUGUGGGAGGGGCCUACCCUCCGUUCAUCAAACUAGAUAAGCCAUCCAAGGGCCUGGCUCUUAUCGAGCCGGCCAUGGAAAUCCUCUACAACGACUGCGACUCUGCGCUGAGCUCUGAGCUAGAGUGUCGUAUGCUGCCCCAUGCACAUCUCGCAUUUGAGACCAAAGCUACAGCACCGGCCUGGGCUGAUCAUGGUUUCGAUGGGAAGAGAGUGUAUGUGCGCACUCUGUUGGGCUGCUGCAACCCCUCUGUGUUGCAGGAUAUGUGGUUGCAAAAGUCAAGGGUGCAUUGGGACGUGGUUGACUUCAAGACUGGGCAUAUGCCAUUCGAGAGUCAGCCUCAACGGCUGGCUGAACAAAUCAUCAAGUCGGUGAGGAGCUUUGUGGCUCUGUAG